CAUCAAUUAGUACUUUUUAGCACCCCCCAUAUAACGCGGCUUGCCAUGGAAGCAGAUUCUCCAAAGCCUAAAAGGCGAUAUCUCACUCUCUGUUGUCCUUGCCUUUCUUUUCUCUUUUUCUCUACAGUUCUAACUUAGGAAUGUGGAGAAAGUGAAAAUUUACAAUGCCGGAGAUAGGGUUUCAGGAUCAGAGCUCGACUAGAUCGGGUUUUAGAGCUCGCGAUGCUAGCCCUGACUCUGUUAUUUUCACUCUCGAGUCCAAUUUUAGCCUCUUCUCUUCUGCUUCUGCUAGUGUUGACCGCUGCUCGUUCGCGUCCGAUGCUCACGAUCGGGACUCUCUCGCUUCUGAAAUUUCCCUGCAUUUGGCAGGACGUGAAACUCCGAUUGGUGGUGGCAUUGGUGGUAAUGACCUCCACGAAACUUCGAGUGGUCCAGAUCGAGAUCCAGGUCCAAACAAACUAAUUACUGUGUACAGCAACAACAAAAACGCUCCUGCUCAUUCUCGUCUCUUCAGAAAAGGUGAAAAGGCGAAAGCUGAAAAAGAAGAUAACAAAGCUACUAUAGAAGUAGAAGACGAAAGCCAUCUUCCAGAUUCAGCAAGAAACUCAUUCUCUCUAGCUCUUAAAGAAUGUCAGGAACGGAGAUCCAGAUCUGAAGCUAUUUCGAAGAAGCCAGACAGACGGAGACCUGCUUCACUGGAUCUCAACAAUGUUAUUGCAGCCUCAUCGCCGCGAUUGGGUGCCAUGAAAAAGAGCUCAACUUCAUCUCGGAAAUCAGGUACGUUUCCCAGCCCUGGCACACCCAAUUAUCGCCACGCUAGUGUUGGAAUGCAGAAGGGUUGGAGCUCGGAGCGAGUGCCAUUGCAUACUAAUGGUAAUAGGCGCCAAGUGAGCUCUGCCUUGUUACCUUUCCAUAAUGGGCGCACGUUGCCGUCGAAAUGGGAGGAUGCUGAGAGGUGGAUAUUUAGUCCUGUUUCCGGAGAUGGGGCAGCGAGAGCUUCGCUUCAAGCUCCUCACCGGAGGCCAAAGUCGAAGAGUGGACCGCUUGGACCUCCUGGGAUUGCGUAUUAUUCGUUGUAUUCGCCUGCCAUGCCAGUGUUUGAUGGCACACAUGUGGGAAACUUAUUGGCAAGUUCUCCAUUUUCGGCUGGUGUUAUUGCUGCAGAUGGCGUGGCUAUUCGGUCUAAUGCCCAUGGCGUGGCCUUUCCUGUGCGAACAGAGCCUUGCAUGGCCCGUUCAGUUAGUGUGCACGGAUGUUCUGAAGUGUUGGACCAGUCCUCGUUGCCUUCCCAAGAUGAGAAGCUUGAUGGCGUUAAGGAUGCAGCUACAGAUAUAUCAUCUGCUGUUUCAAGAAGGGAUAUGGCAACUCAAAUGAGUCCUGAGGGAAGCAAUCAUUCAUCUCCAAGCAGGAGGCUUUCAUUCUCUGCCUCCACUCCCUCUGCCCUACCUAUUGUGGAACUGCAAAACAUACAUUCCAAUAAAUCAGAAGUCAGGGAUGUGCAAAUGGAUGAAAGGGUUACUGUCACGAGGUGGUCUAAGAAACAUAGAACCCGCAACCAGGGGAAAAGCUCAGAAAUUGUUGAUGAUUGGAGAAAGAAAGCUGUUGAUGCUCGAUCUUCAGCUUGGGAUGUUUCAGAGGCUGCAAAGAGCAUUUCCAAGGCCAAAAGAGAGGAAGCCAAAAUUACUGCAUGGGAGAAUCUGCAGAAGGCAAAAGCAGAAGCAGCAAUAAGGAAACUUGAGAUGAAGCUUGAAAAGAAGAGAUCAUCAUCUAUGGAUAAAAUUAUGAACAAGUUGAGAUCAGCUCAGAAGAGAGCCCAAGAAAUGAGGAGCUCCGUAUUAGCCAACCAGGCACACCAAGUUUCCAGGACUUCUCACAAGGUUAUAUCAUUUCGAAGAACCCGUCAGAUGGGGUCCUUGAGUGGUUGCUUCACAUGCCAUGCUUUCUAGUGUUUCAUCAACCAUAUAUUUGCUAUGCUUUAAUCAGCUUAAGAUGCCUGGUCUGUGGCCAGGUUGGAAGUGGAAUUACACCUGCAGCAGAAGGAAGUGUACAGCAACAGAACCAUUAUAUUGCCACUAUUUUGGUGUCAAUUCAGUUUUGCUGGGUCACAAAGCUCAAGUGUUUCCAUAAAGAUUUCAGAUAAGAAGUAUUCUUGUUUGCGGCACCAACAUAUCCAAAAAAUUAGGCUCAUAAGUCUUGUAUGCGUGUACUUAUUAUGUAUGUAUUUAUGUAUAUGGCAAUAAUAUUUUUCUCACGUAUGACAUUUUGCCUUGCAA